AUGGCGACCGAAUACCGACAACGUCCCGGCAUGGGCGAUCAUUUCGACGACGAGGAUCUCGUGAUGAGUUCAGCCCAACAGCGUCGAAACUGGCGUGGGAUAUUUAUAGCUCUUAUGGUCAUCGUCGCAGUUUUAGCUAUGAUAGUAACGUCUGUAGUUUUAUUGACUCCGCCUCAGCCUGAAGAACUUUCGGACUCGUACUCGGACUUGGAAAAUGGUGACAGAACUGGUUCGGACUACUAUUACAACCAACGAGCAAACGAUGAACUUUGGUGGCGUCACCGAGGUAUGAGGACAUUGCGCUUAUCAGAUAUUCUGUCAGAUUCUGCAAACAUUAAAUUAUUCAACGGAACGUGGAUUUCUGGUACUGAGAUAUUUUACGUGACCAGCACUGGUGACUUGGCCAUCAUGGAAGUUAUGGCAGAUGGUAUUACGCAGACYACUCACCACAUAAUGUCUAAAAAGAUGUUACAGAAAUUAAAAGGUCCGCUGGUAUCAUUUGAACUAUCGCCUGAUCGUAAUCACGUGCUCAUAGGUCAUCAUGCAAAAAAAUUGUUCAGAUAUUCAAAAACGGCUCGUUAUACGGUGUACACUGUAUCGACCCGGCAAAUGACUCCUUUAACGUUGGAAGACCAUCAAAAUUACCGAAAUACUUCUGCUGAUCUACAGCCGCACUUUCUGCACGCUCAGUGGCAAAAAAUUUCAACAGUGACUGAAAAAAACUUUGAGUCCAUGGCAUUGAUCAUUGUGUAUCGUUACGAUGUGUACUACGUACCUUGGUCGCUUAAUAUAACAGCUACCCCGGGUAUCAACACCGAGAAAAACAACAUCACAAUAGACUCUCAGACGUCAAACGUCACCAACUUCUCAUAUACGACUCGUUCCACUCCAUCACUAAACGAUAAACAAUUCAAUGUUAGUGAAAACAACACAUCUCGUAAACUGGAAUGGAGUCCAUGGCCUUAUGGUCCAAUUCGUCGAAUCACCACGUCUGGGUUCGGUGCAUCAGGUACCGCUGCCGGGAUCGUAAGCAAUGGAGUAGCUGAUUAUUUGUAUGAAAUGGAGAUAUUGAAGAGGUCCCCAGCUAUAUGGCCAUCAUCCGGACGGUAUCUAAUGUACGCGACGUUUGAUGAUCGACGGGUGGGAGAAUACAAGUAUUCAGUUUACACAAAGGGUGGACGACAACGUAAUAAUGUCGAUGGUGGUGAUACCGAAAAACAUUCUAAGCAGCGAAAACUGAAACGACGCAGGAGGCGUUUAAGACGAAAUUCAAAAUCUGAGGAAGCACUAGAUAUGAUGGAAGAUGACAGUACAUCUGAGUAUUACAUAUACCCACACAUACGCACUCUUAAAUAUCCAAAGGCUAACACACCAAACCCCGCUGUUACUUUAUCAGUUAUCGUAAAUCUUGAUCAACUAAAAAAUCCACAAAUACAACCAAAAAUACGGACUUUAACACCACCGCCAAUUUUUCAAUAUACCGACGAUUACUAUUUCACGGCAGUUCAAUGGGUAAACGACGGAGGUGUCGGUGGUGGAGGUGGAAGUCACGAGAUCGACGAUGAAAAAUCGGGUGCUUCGGCAGCUGAAGUUUGCGUUGUAUGGCUAAACCGGGCACAAAACAUAAGCGUGACAACACUCUGCAAAUCACCCAUGUGGAUGUGUCAGGAGACCCAAGUGAUUAACGCGGUUGGAGCUAUUGGCGGUGGUAGUGGCAUAAGAGGAGGACAAGGAAGUGAGACAUUCGACAAUGAUCGUGCUCGUCGUCGAUAUAGGCGCAAUGGUAGUGGGUCGCAAAAAACAUCUCAUGAAGCUUUUCAAGGAGUGAAAAAUAACAGUAUCAACGCAACUUCGUCGUACCAAGAAGACCGCCGCCGUCGCCGGCAGUCACACCAGCACGGCCAACAUAAACAUGGCWGUCAACAUCAGCAUAACGGCCACCACAGCCGACGGCGACGAGAUGGAUACAUUGACCCUAGUAGCUACGAUAUGCCAAKAGGACGAUAUGGUGGUUGGGUAGAUGCCACAGUCGGUGGGGCCGGUGGUGGAGUUCCCUCAACCGGAGGUGGUGUCAGCGAUGGCAGUUACCGUAUGAUAUCGGCCACUACUUCGUGGUCAGGCGGAUCCAACAACGACGGAGGAGAAAACUUCGUAGGCGACGAUGGAUACGCGGGUAUAGCUGGUUUUGGUAGCACUGGGACUGGUGCUGUGUAUUCUAUGGCCGUUUUAGUUCGCAAGGGAUGGGAAAUGGGUGACAAAGAACUUACACCCCGAGCGCCAGUGUUCGCAAUGGAUGGUCAAGGAUAUGUUAGUGUGGCGCCGGUACGCGAUGACGAUCACGAUGACAACGAAGACCAAGAUAGCGAAGGAGGGGUGCGUCUCCGACGACCGACUGUAAAACAACACACUCAGUCGUCACGUGAUCGAAAUGCCAAAAGCCGGUCACAGUCGUCAAUUGGAAAAUAUUAUGCACAAGUUGUAGCUGUAAAUAUAACGAAGAAACUGUUAGCACCACUAACGUUUGGUGAAUUUGACGACGACAACGUCAACGAUGGCAGUAAAGAAGACAACAAAAAAAGUAAAGUUGUCACUAAAAGUUGGACGGUAGUCAGGAUUUUGGCAUGGGACCAGCGAACGGAUAUGAUUUACUUUCUUGCCGUACCAUCUGGCCGUGGUGCACCACACCACCGUCAUUUAUACGCAGUCAAGUUUACGUCUGCAGCAUCCUCAUCUACAAUAAACACUGAUGCCGGUUACCGAAUGGGGCACCAUCACCAACAACAGUUCCGUAAAACUUUCCGUCAUAGUAAUCGUAGUAGGCCUAUGUGUCUAAGCUGCGAUGUAGGUUUUACCGGAAAUAUAAGACGUCGUGAGCGUCGUGAAUUUGGUGGAAAACAGAACCGAAUGGAUGAGGCACGAGACGGGCGGUUAAGACAACAACAACGGGAACGAUGGGAAAAUCUAAAGGAAGAGGAAGAAGACAAUGAAGAGGAGGCUGCUACGGCAGAAGAAGCAGAACGCCGUCAACAGCGGAAUCGUCGACAACAGCAACGAGAAAUGCAGAAUCGUGGAAUGUUGAGACACUGUACAUACUUCGAUGCACAAUUCUCUCGGGAUGGUAGCCAUUAUGCCUUGAUGUGUCUGGGCCCUUCAGUUCCUUAUGUUACAUUGCAUAGAAUCAUAUUAGAUGAUGUUGAGAACGUUGAAGACAAUAGUGAGGGUAGUGGCAGUAGUGAUAAACCAGACAGCGUUCCACUAACUACACAAAAAAUGCCUAAAGAUUCUUCCUACUCUUUUGAAUUAAUUGAUCUUAUUGAAAAUAACACUCGUCUACAGGACAAAUACACGAAUCGAGUUUUGUUACCGGGUACCAGAACUUUUCAGUUGAGACUCUCCGGCGGUCGUAAACUGACCACUUCAGGAGGAUUACAUUUUAACGACCCACUUGCAGCAGCCGAUUAUUAUAGUAAUGGUGGUGACCAUCAGCAACAUUUUUCAACUAAAAAACGUCCGGAUUCAGAUCCCCUGACCGUGGCACAGGUUCGAUUGUAUYUACCAUUAGGCGUUUACGACCCUGAGGCUGAUCCUCGCCCAGAAUUUAUGUCAAAUCAUAUCCGAAAUUCUGGAAACUCUGAUAAAAUUGAUAUAACUAAUACCGAAAUAACUGCUAAAACCAGUGACAGCUCUUCAACCAAGCACAGUCAUCGGCGUCGACGACGGUCGUCGUCGUCUGCAUCUUCUGCACAUAAUAGUAAUGAUAAUGGUGGMGAUGGAUCAAAACGACAACGACGACCACGCAAAAAGCAACGUCAACAUCGUUUGAAAAAGUUAUAUCCUAUGCUUGUGGUAGUUAAUUCAGACCCAGGAUCACAGGCUAUCACUGAUCGAUUUACUGAUCGAUUGGGCUAUACAACAGGAUUACUAUGCUCUGGUUCAUUGGGUAGAACGCUACCGAAUGCUAAUUUUAGAAGUUCAACUGGCCCAAGGUACAGUGAAAAUGAAUGGGGUCGUCAGCGGCAGAGAGGACGUYGGGGUCGUAGAUCUUCAGAGACUAGAUAUUAUUCCUCAGGACAUUCAGAUGACUACGAUGACGACUCUUAUGACUACGAUCAAAAUAAUGAUGAUGACUCUAAUAAUAAUGAGUACGUAGUGGCCGUGAUAGAUACUGGUCGAGGAACAUGGGCUCGAGGUUAUGAGUCAUUGUUGGCCUUAAAUUUUGGAGAUGUUAAUGAUGGAGAUGGAGACAAUAGCGGAAAAGACGAUGUCGGACCAAGUGGACUCCUUGGUACUGCUGAUCUUCGUGAUCAAUUGGAAGCAGUUGAGUACCUGCUUUCAAGCUCUACCGCUACCAGUGAUGGUUUUAAAGACAGUGGUCAAGGGUAUUACAGCGAAGAUCGCCCAAGAGGUGGUGGUAGCCGUGACCGUUCUAGAUGGUUCUCAUCGACUUCACAAUCAAAUAGAAGAUACUAUAGCGAUGAUGAUGACUAUUAUGAUGAUAACGAAGAAUAUGAUGACAACAACGAYAAAAAUGACAACGAAGAUUAUUAUUAUUAUUACUACAGCAAUGAUGGAGAUAAUGGUGACUAUGGUGAUGAUAACCGAGGAGAUAGUUUUUACAAGGAUAGUGAUGUUAAGAGAAGUCGUAGAGACCGUAGAAGUGCYAGUGACACAAAACCAAAUACCGAAGCACUACGGUUGCCAUACGUAGAUGCAAGCAAAGUAGCAUUAUUAGGCGGUGGACCAACAUCGCCUUCAACUCCACCAUCAGUCUACGGUGGAUAUGCCGCUGCUCGAAUGGCCUUAUGGCAAACAAUUUAUGGUGGUGCACCAAUUAAAAAAAAAAGCGAUGAAUCUGGUGACAAAGRAAAUAUUAAGGAGCCUGUGGCAAUUCGCUCUUCAUUCAAGUGUGCUGUAUCUAUGGCACCUGUGUGUUCAUGGCGCCUAUAUACUUCUGCAUUUGCCGAACGUUACUAUGGUUACUACGGUGAAAAUGACAGAGAUAAUUGGAUGUCAUAUGACCGUUCAGACUUAAUACCAUUAACAUCCUCAUUAAACGAGACGUCAUUGUCACCGUCUUCUACUGGAAAAGGAAUAAACUUAUUAGUGAUACAUGGUACCGCAGAUACUACAAUACAUCCACAGAAUUCGAUGAUGCUAGUUCGAGGAGUCAUGCGACAGCAACAGCAACAAUUCAUACAUACUGGAAUUGUCAAUAGUAAUGGACGCCGAAAUAAUAAUUCAACAGCAUAUAGUGAACGAGUCGCUGGGGGAUUUCCUACACGUGUUGGAGCCAUUAGACUAUCACAGCUAGUAAUGCCAGAUGCAGACUUAAGUAAUUCAAGAAUGGCGACAGAUAUAGAAAACGGUUCUCCGAUAGACAACCACCACCAACUACUUCACUCGAUUUUCAGUCAUGUCACACAAUAUCUUACCUCAGAAUGUUUUACCAGUGUAAGUGAUGGAAAUCGAGGUCGAGGCAUUAGGACACGUGGCCGGCGUUUACGAAAACGGAGGAGAAGGAGAUGGAGGACCAGUAAUCGGGACCAAGAAAAAUCAGAGGAUCAACAACAGCCGCAGCGGGAGGAAGGACACCAACGCCACCAACAAAAUCUGGGCAGUGAAAAAAGUAAUUCCGAUACUAGUAUUGGAAACGGUGGUGGUGAUCGCAGUUCCAGUGGUAGAUAUCGUCGACACGAUAUUGAUAGCAAUCGGCCAAACUCARAAAGAAGUUUCAAGAAUGACAUUGUACAAGUAAAGAUGAAAAAUAAUAACGUUUAUAGUGAUAAUAUAACAAAAAAUAUCAGUUGGAUUAACAGCUAUAUGGGAAAUUUUACCAUUCCUAAUAACAGUAAUAAUGAGAGUAACAAUGUCAGUCAGAAAAAAGAAAGAGAUGACGACGAUGAAGCAGAGGAAUAUGAUGAAAAAGAUGAUGAGGKUGAGGACAGUGACGACGAAUACUAUGGUGAAGAUAAUGACGRAGAAGACGGAAAUAGCGAAGACGAAGACGAUGACGACGAUAAGUAAGUUUUUCAGCAACAUGACAGUAGUAAUAUCAUCCUUGAUGUAAUUGAUGCUGCUGCUGAUUGUUGAACUAAUAGCUAAUCAAAUAGUGAAAAUAUAAUUUUAAAAAGUGAGUAAUUAAAAAGGAUUAGGAAUAAUCUUAUUAGUUUGAUUAGAUUCUUUGGAGGAAUUUCAAUUUUAAAUUUAUUUUACGAUAAUAAAUCGAGUUUAUGUAAAUCAACAACAAUCAAUCAAAAGUGAACAAAUUUAAAGACUUAUUUUAGACAAACUAUUAAUGUAUCAAACGCUAUUCAUUAUACUUACAAUUAUAAUUUUUUAUUGGUAUUAAAUUAAUUAUAUAAAAAUAUCGAAUUUAGUUAAUAAUAUCAUUAGUAGUUUAUACUUUAUACUAUGAAAAAUCUACGUUUAAAAACUUAUUCUUCCAUCGCAUCACCACAUUUUUAUUAUAUAUGUUUUGWCAUUUUGUCAUGUACUUAUCUUCAAUUAUGUAAUUAUUCAGAAGAAAUAGUGAGGUUAGGUUAAGUUAGGACUUAUAACUUGAAGCAACGCAACUUUUGAAUUGGGUUAAUUAGUGAUUUUAUUUUAUUUAAGUUUUUCAAUAGUCAUAGUCACGCUUUUUUUUAAAUUUUUCCUCCAAAUUAA